AAGAAAAGAGAGAAAGUUAUAACCAUUUGAUUAAAUACAUCGUGUACUGACUACUGAGGGUACCUCCGUAUGUGUGAUCAACCACGAACCAAAUCAGGUUCUACAAUCUAUAUUUAUAUAUUUCGUUAUACUAUCAAUUAAAAAAAAAUGUGAGAAAAAAGAAAAAUAACUACGCACUAACGAGCAGUCUAUUGGAUGUCAAUAUGUCAUGUGGGAUGCUACGUACAAACAAAAUAAAGGAAGUGAGUCUUUUUAUAUUUCUAACAAAAAUAAAAUAUGAACAUAUAUUAUAAUAGGCUUUAAUUAAAUAAAACAACAGAUUCUAUUGUAACGAGAAGAUGAUACAUGAACUGACACUGUUCCUCUCAUGCAAAAGAUGCUUUUAAUCUUUCUUAAAAAUAUAUGCUUUUGAUACAUUUUAUUAAUUUUAAAACCAAAUAUCAAAGAGAAGAAAAUUGAAGCAUUGCUUUUAAGCUACGUUAAAUUUACUACUAGGGUUACUUAAACUAAACAUAAAUGUACUAUGUAUCGUACAUAUGAAAAAGGGAUCUUGUAAUUUGGUGCGUGCAUACGGCUGAAUUCAGAAUGUUCAACCUGUGCAAAAAAAAAAUCGUUAUAUCCAAUCAAUCUGAAAAUCGAUAAAUGAAAAAAUAAUUUAGUUUUCUUAUAUACCAAACAUGAUGAAAUUUUUCAAAAAAAUUGAAUCAGUCGUAUUCGAUUCACUCUAACAAUUUUGUUAUCAAAAUGACAAAGAAUCUUUAGAUUUGAAAGAGUUUUCUUAGAACUAAAAGAGAAAUACCUUGGGAGGCAUAAGCUUUUUUUGUUUUGUUAGCCAGUCCUACUAUAAUACAAAAGCUAAAAUGUUUCAGUGUACAUUUACAAGUGCAUAAAAUUAGACAAAUCUAUAUAUCUGCAUUAAUUUCAACUUUCACUUAGUUUGUUAAAAUUAUUUAUCGCUUUUAAUCUUAACUACAGGAAAACGAACUCAUUUUAUAUUCAUUAUACUUCAUAUAUAACCAAAUGAAAAUCCAUGUUAAACAACUCAAACUAAAAUAAUUAAAAAUAGUCAACAAAAGGUAAACGUUUAGAUUAUCAAAGAAACAAAAGCUUGAGUGAACACAAAAAUGAGAAUAACAUUUUUAUGAAAUGUGAAACUAUUGAUAGAUUCAAAAUAUCAAGUGGAUAAAUUAUACACUGUAAUAUAUGUAUAUCUAACGAGUAGGCAGAAUAUUACAUAUAUAAUAUAAUUUUAAUACUAAGAUGUGUAUGAAAAGAGGGUAAGAGAUAGAGAAGCAGAAGAACAUGUGAAAUCACAUGGGUUAUUGCUGACCAAUCUGUGCCCACCUCAAUCCUCUAAUUCAUUGGUCUUCCAAAUUUUAUACCUUCUUAGCCACCUCAAUCCUCUAACUCAUUGGUACCAAUUAUUAAAUUUAUAGUUGGUAGGGAUAUAGAUUGUACGGUACCUACAUUGGCUACAUAUUUUUAUGAGUAUAAUCAGUAUACACAUCUUCAUUUAUAUGUGCUUCACAAAAUAGUAAACUUAAAAUUACAACCCAAGCCGCUCACCUCAUUAGACAUCUAUCUAGCUCUCGCUCAUGAAAGUAUUGCUUUGCUAGAUGACCUAUUGACGAAAAUAGCAAAAAGAAAGAUAUAGAUAUAAGAUGGAUAUGAUAAACAAAUAAAAAAGGGAGAUGGGCACAUUUAAUACAGUGGGGGGAAGUGAAUGGGAAUGAGAAAAUGCUGUAAGCAUUUGAUGAUUUAAUUGUCAGUAUCAAGGAGUGGGAAAAGGCAAACUCUUGACUUCAUCUGCUUCUCUCAUAUGUAUUGAUUUGGUUUGGUUCGGUUUGAUCUGGUUUGGCUAUAUGAUACUACUACACACAACUUGUUGAUCUUGGAUGUAAAAGGGAGAGAUGGAAGAUAUCACGUGGGGAGGCAUGUGGGAGGGUAGGGAGAGGCCUAAACGAGGUUAAAUCAUAAAUGGAUAACAAAAAGUUAAAAGAAAAAAAAAAAAGAAAAAAAGUGAUGUUUCUUGGAACCUCUCAUUGCGGAUCUUGCCUCUCUCUCCCCUUUGCUUUAGCAUUACUAAUCACUCUUUAGUUUAUUAAUUACUAACUAUUAUUGUAAUGUAUUUCAAGAGAGAGAUUGUGUGUGUAUAAAUACACAUAACAAGUCGUUCUCGAGCUCUCCCAAUCUGAAUCUCUGAUUGGAAGAAGAAGGUUUCCUUUGUUUCAAGAAUUGAGUAAACAAUAAAAAAAAUGGCAUCAUGGAAGAAAACAAUAGCAACACCGUUCAAGAAGGCAGCAACAUUCUUCAACCAACCGCAGCAAUCACCCCAAAAGGGUGGCCGCGGUGGAAGAAUGGAUGCAAAAGCGAGAGAAGAGCACGAGAGGAGGAUGGUACAAGAGCUUCAAGGAGAAGUCAUGGCUUGUGGUUACGAUGAUGUUCUCGUCAUGUGGUCUAUUCUCGACAAAUCUAACUCCUCCAAUAACCUCACUUCUUCUUAACCCCAAACCAACCAAACAAACAUGGUUUUCUUUUUGUACAUAUAUUAAAAGUGGUACUAGCCCUCCAUAGCAGCCACCUCCACCUCCUCUUCCUUCUUAUCUUUACUUCUUCUGCGGUCAUGGCUUAAGGUCUAGUGGGUUUUUCUCGACGAAUUAUCGUCCAGAAUAUGGAGAUGUUACUCUCUCUUUUUUUUUUUUUUUCUCUUUUGAUAAUCCACGUGAUUAUGUUACGGUGGGAUUUUUUUUUAUUCUGGAGAGAAAAAAUGUCUUUCUUGAGUUCUAUAUCAUUUGUAUGAGAUGAUUAGCAUUAAUUGUUUAAGAACUCAAGAACUAGUUCUCCAUAAUGUAAAAGCCAUGUAUUGACCGAAGUUGCACAUGUGUUAAAUUAUUAAUCAGAAGACCAAAAGAAAGUCCAUUAGUAUUGAGAUUGAUUAACUAUGAAAUUUCAAUGUAAACGGUAUUCAACUCACCGACAAUUCCGUUUUUGUUUUGACCAACUAAUUAGUCAAAAAGAAGUAAAUUUUAACAAAUUGUUAAUCUGAAAAGGCAAGUAAUCGUCAUUUUUGCCAAGAGGUAAGUAAUUAUCAUACUGCUCUAUCAUUCUCUUCGAUGUUAGUACUACUUUUGCAUUUUCGGUAUCACACCCUAUCCACUGAGUUGAUGUUCCUAACUUCGGACGGACACAUGGAGAGUUGAAGCCUUAAAGGCUUCCCAUACACUGAACUCAACAAAAAAAGAAAAACAAUUCACUCACAAGUAGACCCAACUCUGUUAUAACCACAAAGAGAAAAGAAAAUGUAAGGUAUGACCUAAAUUUGGAACUGGGCAUUUUUUUAAUUGGUUUCUUCAAUUUCAGUUAGGUUUAUUACCAGCUAAUUACCUAGAAGUAUAAAAAGAGGAAACACAAAAGUUCAUUAUAAGUUGAGUACGUAUCCGUAAUCAAAAUAACAAUAUGUGUAGGUUAGAGUAUGAAUGAUAUACCACAACAUAAAGUUCAAAAAAUAAAUUCAAAAUUCUUUUAUUCAUCAAAGUAUCAAACUGAUUUCCAUUAUGUAAUAUUAUGUUCUUUUUUUUUUUUUGAAACUUAAUAUUAUGUUCUUAUUAUUACUACUACUCAAAUUUCUGCCGAUUCAAAAGGGCACAAGUACAACUCAUAAAUUCUACACAACAAAAAAACUGAUCAAUAAUCUCCACACAAGAUUACAAAACUUCCAUCAGAAUAAUUCCGAAUAAAAAUAAAAAUAAUUAAGAUGACAGCAGCUUGAGCUGAGAGGGGGGACCCAAUCAUUGAACAAGCAAAUGAUAAAAAAAAAAAAAAAAAAAAA